UGCAACCUGGGAAUUUCUCCAUUCUUAAAAAACAAACCAAAUGCUUCCCCUAAAUUCUUGUCCCAAUUCUCCGCAUUAGCACGACGCAACAUCCUCCUCUCCUAAUCCCUCCCAUUAUCUUAAACCAACCGACCCAAACUCUUGCCCUUUUAUUUUUCAUGGACUUAAGCGUGAUACCCUACAAACACGUAGCCAAGUGCGAGAAUGGGAAGGAGAACGACGACGACGAUGUCGUGGAGGAGGACAAGGCCGCUCGCCGGUUCGACAAAGCAGGUGGACCGGUGGUGAUGAACCCCAAGGCGACCGUCAAGACCGUUGGGAAGUACAAAGAGUGCAUGCGGAACCACGCGGCUUCCAUGGGCGGCCACGCCAGCGAUGGCUGCGGCGAGUUCAUGCCAAGCGGCGGAGGAGACCCUCGCGAGUCGCUCACGUGCGCCGCCUGUGGUUGCCACCGGAACUUCCACCGGAGGGAAGUGCACUCUCCUCGGCUGCCGACGACGAUGUUGUUGUACAAUGCGGGGCCCGCCGUGGCCUAUCGCCAUCAUCAUUAUGGUGGCGGUGGUGGGGAUCGACGGUCGGAGACGCCGGAGAGAGUGGGGCCGACGGCCAGUGUGAAGAGGUUCAGGACGAAGUUCACACAGGAGCAGAAGGAUAAGAUGCUGGAGUUUGCGGAGAGGAUCGGGUGGAGGAUUCAGAGGCACGAUGACGUGGAGCUCAACCAGUUCUGCUCCGAGGUCGGCGUCAAGCGCAACGUGCUCAAAGUGUGGAUGCACAACAACAAGAAUGCUCACCGCCGCAGAGAAGACGCGCAACAGUCGCCUCCGGCACCACAGCCUGUUGGAGUCUAAUUGCACCUUUUAUUUUUCUAUAAUUACUUUCUUUUCUUCUUUCUUUUUUUAACUAAUUUUUAGUUUUUGAAUCUGAUUUAGGGCUAAAUGAGCAAAUGAGAAGAGCCAGUGCUUGUCAAAAUCUAUUGGGUUGUAUCUUUUCAGUGUGUGAUGAAUACUAAUAUUGGAAAUGGGCUUCUUGCUUGAAGAGAUCGAAGCAUU